UUCUCCAUAUCGCAAAGUGUAAUUUCCUCCAGAAAACCUAAUGUCUCCCUCUUCUGCCCCUUCUGUAAUUCCCAAUCCCACCCUUCUCUCUUCCUUCGUCUCCCCUCUUCCUUUUUUUUGCCCCUAUAAUCCUUCCUUAUUCCCGAUUUCUCCUUACCCGCCAAAUUCCCCAACGGCUCUCCUUUCCAAAUCCCCCCUCCCUCCGCUCCCGUUGAAGAUCCUCGACGAAACCCUAGUUCUCUGACACGGGUUCCGUGGUUUUGCUUUUCUGUAUUCGGUUGUUUUCGUUCAACCCAGAUCGGUUUCUCGGCGUUUUUACGGUUCUUCGUGUGGAAUUCUGGAGUUUGGUAAAUUUUCUUCCCUUUUUUCAGAUUCCUUGUGGUCGGAUUCGCCUUUUCACAUUCGGUUUGAUUCUUCAUCUCCUCGCCACUCUGUUCAGUUGAUGAUUUGAUGUUCACGUCGUUAUUUGGCGAAUUCAAUGCACAUGCCAUUGGUCACGAGGUUUUGUUUACUCACAACAAUUGGUAUAUACUUCUGGUUCUGUAGUUACAUAAUCUGAGUUUUGGCUGUCUGUCUGAAGAGAGCGAAUAAGGCUCCAUACUCUGUUUCGUACUUCUUUCUUAAAUCUUUGAUAGUUCUGAAAGUUUGGUCCUUUUUUUUAAAAAAAUUUUCACCCAGAAUAUGUCUCUGAUGCUAGGCUUUCAGCCUUUGGCUUUGCAAAUUGGAAUCUGAAAGGGGGUAAAACGGUGGCUUUUAGCGAUGGCAAAUCGUGAUUUAAUCCUUCGGCAGAAUCGUAGUGUAGCUAUUGGGCAAGCCCAGUCAUUGAUGCUUGGCCACGACCAUAACCUGGGGCUUCGGCAAAACCAUGACUUGGAGUUGGGGCGAGGCCACAGUAUGGAUUUAGGACAGGCCCAUCAUGAUCAUGAAUUAGGUUUAGGAUACCCGCAUGAUCAUGAGCUAGGCUUAGGACAUAGUCAAGAUCACGUGGGGGAGGGCGAUCACGGAUACGGGCACGAGGCCGACAUCAAGGUGGAUCAAAAGCCCGAACAUGGCGAUCACGAUCUGGUGCUUUCCUCUCAGAACCACGAUCUCGCUUUGUCGGAUAACCAUCAGUUGGUGGUUGGCGAUAACCAUGAACUAGAUGAUAAUAUGGAGCUAGCCGCCGUCGAUCAAAGUCAAGAAUUGGAUAUUACUGAAGAUAUGGAUUCUCAGCUCGUUGUUAGUACCCCGGUCCUACAGGCCCGAGCCCUUUCUGCGGAGUCAAGUUACCAGUUUUUGGUCGGGCAAGAGUUUCCUGACGUGAAGAGUUGUCGUAGGGCACUGAGGGAUAUGGCCAUAGCUCAACAUUUUGAAAUGCAAACCAUAAAAUCUGACAAGACCCGUUUCACGGCUAAGUGUGCAACCGAGGGAUGUCCAUGGAGGGUUCAUGCCGCAAAGCUCCCGGGGGUACCGAAUUUCACGAUCAGGACAAUCCACGAAUCCCAUACAUGUGGAGGAAUAAAUCAUCUCGGUCACCAGCAAGCUUCGGUUCAAUGGGUUGCCAGCUCUGUGGAGCAACGUCUUCGAGAGAAUCCUAAUUGCAAGCCGAAGGAGAUUCUUGAAGAGAUUCACCGGGUUCACGGGAUUACGUUAUCAUACAAACAAGCUUGGCGAGGGAAGGAAAGAAUCAUGGCUGCCAUGCGUGGAUCCUUUGAAGAAGGGUAUAGGCUGCUUCCUCAGUAUUGCGAGCAGGUUAAGAGGACGAACCCGGGAAGCAUUGCUUCGGUCUACGGAAACCCGGCAGACGAUUGCUUCCAACGUCUCUUCAUAUCCUUUCAAGCAUCGAUUUAUGGGUUUCUGAACGCAUGUCGACCCCUUCUUGGACUGGACAGGACUUAUCUGAAGAGCAAAUACCUCGGUACGUUGCUUCUCGCGACUGGCUUUGAUGGGGACGGUGCUCUGUUUCCGUUGGCAUUUGGUGUUGUUGAUGAAGAGAAUGACGAGAACUGGAUGUGGUUUCUGUGUGAACUCCAUAACCUUCUGGAAACCAACACAGAAAACAUGCCAAGGCUGACGAUUUUGUCAGACAGGCAAAAGGGCAUUGUGGAGGGUGUGGAGCAGAAUUUCCCGACCGCGUUCCACGGCUUCUGCAUGCACCAUCUGAGCGAAAGCUUUCGCAAAGAGUUCAACAACACUAUGUUAGUCAAUCUCCUCUGGGAAGCAGCUCAAGCUCUAACCGUGAUCGAAUUCGAGGGCAAAAUUCUGGAGAUUGAAGAGAUCUCACAAGAUGCAGCUUACUGGAUCCGACGGAUUCCGCCUCGUUUAUGGGCGACGGCAUACUUUGAGGGCCAACGCUUCGGCCAUCUAACUGCGAAUAUCGUCGAAUCCUUGAAUUCGUGGAUUGCCGAAGCAUCUGGACUUCCUAUUAUCCAGAUGAUGGAAUGCAUCAGAAGACAACUAAUGACUUGGUUCAACGAGCGUCGUGAAACUAGCAUGCAGUGGACUUCGAUACUCGUCCCGUCAGCAGAAAGACGUGUAGCCGAGGCCCUUGAACAGGCACGGACCUACCAAGUUCUUCGAGCCAACGAAGCCGAGUUUGAAGUCAUAUCCCAUGAAGGAAACAACAUCGUAGACAUCAGGAACCGAUGCUGUCUUUGCCGAGGUUGGCAGCUGUACGGUUUACCAUGUGCACACACAGUGGCGGCUCUUCUCUCUUGCAGACAAAAUGUCCACAGGUUCACUGAGAGCUGUUUCACCGUGGCAACGUACAGGAAGACGUAUUCUCAGACGAUCCAUCCGAUUCCAGACAAAAGCCUGUGGAGGGAGUUGUCCGAUGAGGAUCAGACCGUGAACAAAGCCGCCCUCGAGGUUGUAAUAAACCCGCCAAAGUCGCUGAGGCUGCCUGGUCGGCCGAGGAAAAGGCGGGUUAGAGCCGAAGACAGGGGAAGGGCGAAACGGGUCGUUCACUGCAGCCGGUGCAACCAGACGGGCCAUUUCAGAACAACUUGUGCCGCACCCAUUUGACCACACGGCCACUUCUCCCUGUCACUUGUACCUUUGCGUGUGACGGAAAUGGAUCGAACCCAGAAACCAGAAUCGGUAGCACUUUCGCUAUGCUAUUAAAAGUUUCCAGCUUUUCCAUCGCCUCGCCACUCUCUCUUUAUAUUCUGUUUUGUUCAUAUGAGGUUUUCCUGGUCUCAUUCCAAUAUGUAAUGUAUCAUACAUACGAUACACUGUUCCCAUUACAGCUGAAAACAUUAAUAGCUUUUCACAGUUACAGCGAUCAAUCA